AUGGGUCGUCUCCAGGAAUACCAGGUCAUUGGCCGUCAUCUGCCAACUGACACCAACCCAACCCCCAAACUUUAUCGCAUGCGCAUAUUCGCACCCAAUACCGUGGUGGCCAAGUCUCGAUUCUGGUAUUUCCUCCAGAAGCUGCGAAAAGUCAAGAAGUCAACCGGCGAGAUCGUUUCCCUCAAUGUCAUCCACGAGAAGCGCCCUCUCAAGGUCAAGAAUUUCGGCAUCUGGAUUCGUUACGAUUCUCGCUCAGGUACCCACAACAUGUACAAGGAGUACCGCGAAUUGAGCCGCACCGAUGCUGUUGAGGCUUUGUAUCAAGAUAUGGCUGCCAGACAUCGUGCUCGAUUCAGGAGUGUUCACAUUCUGAAAGUCGUUGAACUCACAAGCACGGAUGAUGUGAAGCGACCAUACAUCAAGCAAUUGAUUUCAAAGAACCUCAAAUUCCCCCUACCCCACCGCACAACCGCUUCCAAGAAACUCUACUCUGCUUCAAGACCCAGCACCUUUGCUUAG